CAGGCAAAAGAAUGCAGACUUUGAAGUCAGAAGGACUUCCUUUAUAAUGUAGAUUCUACUGAACCAGUGAUGUAAUUUCGCCAAGCCUCUAUUUCUCCACCAGCGAAUUGAUAAAAGUGCCCAUUUUCUUGGCGAUUCAAGAGAUGUGUAAAGUGCUUAGCAUGCAGGAUUGAGUGGGUCAGCAGUAAACGGUUACGAUGGGGGUGAUGAUGAUGGUCCUUCAGAAGCUUGGAAAAGCUGAUGAGACAAAAGACGAACAAUUUGAAGAAUAUGUACAGAACUUCAAACGGCAAGAGGCCGAGGGUACCAGACUUCAGCGGGAACUCCGAGGGUACUUAGCAGCUAUCAAAGGCAUGCAAGAAGCCUCGAUGAAGCUCACCGAGUCGCUGCACGAAGUCUAUGAGCCUGAUUGGUAUGGGCGGGAAGAUGUGAAGACGGUUGGUGAGAAAUGUGAGAUUUCAGGGGAAGACUUCCAUCAAAAACUAGUGGAUGGAUCCCUGCUGACACUGGAUACCUAUCUGGGCCAAUUUCCUGACAUAAAGAAUCGCAUCGCCAAGCGCAGCAGGAAGCUGGUUGACUAUGACAGUGCCCGCCACCACCUGGAGGCUUUGCAGAGCUCCAAGAGGAAGGACGAGAGUCGAAUCUCUAAGGCAGAAGAGGAAUUUCAGAAAGCACAGAAAGUGUUUGAAGAGUUUAACGUUGACUUGCAAGAGGAGUUACCAUCGUUAUGGUCAAGACGAGUUGGAUUCUAUGUCAAUACCUUCAAAAAUGUCUCUAGCCUUGAGGCCAAGUUUCAUAAGGAAAUUGCUGUGAAGGCCCCUUGCUCACAUCUCCUGUGUUCAUCUAGUGACUCGGGUCCUCUCCGCAUCGCAAAGACACCAUCACCACCCGAGGAGCCUUCACCCCUCCCGAGCCCGACAGCCAGUCCCAAUCAUACGCUGGCGCCUGCAUCUCCCGCACCAGCACGGCCUCGGUCACCUUCUCAGACGAGGAAAGGACCACCUGUCCCACCUCUGCCUAAAGUCACCCCGACAAAGGAACUGCAGCAGGAGAACAUCAUCAGUUUCUUCGAGGACAACUUUGUUCCAGAAAUCAGCGUGACGACCCCUUCCCAGAAUGAAGUCCCUGAGGUGAAGAAAGAGGAGACACUGUUGGAUCUGGACUUUGACCCUUUCAAGCCUGAGGUAGCCUCUGCGGGUUCUGCUGGAGCGACCCACUCACCCAUGUCUCAGCCGGCAAAGAAACCUCUGUCUCUGGACUUGGCCAUGUGCCUGGCUUUGAAUAACAGAAUGAAGCAGAAGUGCAAAACUUUGUGUUUCUCAUCAACUCUUACCAUGAUCUAUUUCAUCUUGUGUUUUUUUUUUUUUUCCUUUGCUGUUCUGCAUACUCUAAAGCCCGACUCUUCAAAAAGUCUUUCCUUGUGUAACCUGGUCAUGGAGGAAACUCCAGAGAGUGGGUUGGCCGAAGAAAUUCAAAGAUCUCAGAUUGACCUAGGCGCAUUUAUUUGGGGUCCUGAUGCUAGUACAGAGAGAGUCAGCCAGAAAACUACCUAUGAUGGGUCUCAGGAAGACUCUGCAUGUCUCUCUGAAGCAGAGCAAGACAUGGGAUUACCCACAGGGAUGUUCCCUCCUGCUGACGGGCACACUGUAGCCGAACAGGGGGAGCAUGUCCCAGGGCCAGCCCCUCCAUGCGGAGAUGGACAACUGUCCCCAAAGCCCAUGCCUGAGGCUGAAUGUGCCAUUGUUGCUCGUAUGGAAACGGAGCAGCCUUAUGACUUACCUGACUCAGAGAUGCCAGCCGUGGAAACCGGUGGCCUCAUCAACGAAAGUCAAGAAGAUCUUCAAAAGUCAGGAGAAGAGGAAGAGAAACAGAAGACAGAAGAUUCAGUGUGGGCAGGUGUGGAGACAUGUGGAAAGGCCUCUGAUGGUUCAUUUAAUGGAUUCACCCAGCCCCAGGACACUUCCUUAUUUACAAUGCAGACAGACCAGAAUAUAAUCUGCAACUUGGCUGAGUCUGAACAGGCUCCACCAGCAGAGCCGAAAGCAGAGGAGCCCCUUGCCGCUGCACCUGCUGAGGACACCCAGGCUGAGGAGCCAGAGGGGGCAGUGAUCCUACCAGGCACUGAUGCUGACCUGACUGAUGCAACCUCCGUGCGGGCAGCAGAGGGCGCCCCAGCAGAGGAAGCAGAGAAGGAGCUGGAGGCAGCGCUCCCUGCAGGGGAAGGAGCAAGUUUAGAGGAGCCCAAGGCUGAUACAGAAGCUGCAGAGGCUGCAGACAGUGACAGAGGUCAACCAGAGGAAACGGAAGCGGCAGCGCCUCAGGAGAAGGUCAUCCCUGCGGUCAUCAUCGAGCCCGCUUCCAACAACGAAGAGGAGGGAGCACACGAAGUCAUGACAGGUGCAGAGGCCCAGGAGGCGACUCAAGACUCGGCCCUUCCAGGCGCCCCCAGUGAGGUGCCGGAGCCGGCUGCUGAGCAGAAGGCCCCCGCGGACUCCCAGCCCGAGCCCUCCGCUCCGCCUGCGAGCCAGGCCUCUCAGGACGUGCCUCCCGGCUUCCUCUACAAGGUGGAAGCACUGCACGAUUUCGAGGCAGCAAAUUCUGAUGAACUUACCUUACAAAGGGGUGACGUGGUGUUGGUGGUGCCCUCUGAUUCGGAAGCUGACCAGGAUGCGGGCUGGCUGGUGGGCGUGAAGGAAUCGGACUGGCUCCAGUACAGAGACCUCGCCACCUACCAAGGCCUGUUCCCAGAGAACUUCACCCAGCGCCUGGCGUAGGCCCAGAGGGUUGUAGGAAGACCCUGGUUUUGAGGUUUCUAAACCUUCAUGAAAACCUGAAGAAUUCACUUUUGCUAUUACACUCUUGUGACUUGCAGACUGAUGCCAGAUCCAGGUUGGAAGGAUAUAUCAAUGGAGCAUGUGUUCAAAAAAAAAAAAAGUGUAAGGAAAAAAAAAG